UUCAUGAAAAUACAGAGAAAAUAGGAAAGAAAAUGAAGGAGAAGGAGUGCAAAAAUGAAGAAAAUAAGAAUAAUUCAAAAGGAAUUAUUAUCAUAUUGGGUGUUUAUAUUCAUUGUCAGGGAUGUAAACAACAAGUGCUUAAAUCUCUUCGUGGCUUUGAUGGUGUGGAGGAAGUUGAGAUUGACGAGAAAAAUCAUAAAGUGGUGGUGAAAGGGAAGAAAUUAGAUCCUCUAAAUGUGGCUGAGAGACUAAGGAAAAAAAGUGGUAAACAUGUGGAAUUAAUUUCUCCAAUUCCAUCUAAGAAGAAAGAAGAAGAGAACAAGGAGAAAAAACAAGAGCCUAAGAUUAUUGAAGUGAUUUUGAAACUAUAUUUACACUGUGAAGGAUGUGCUAAAGAUGUCAAGCAAUGCAUUCACAAAAUGCCAGGAGUUCAAACAGUGGAUCCAGAAAUGAAGAACAAUAUUGUGAAAGUGAAAGGAUCAAUGGAUCCACAAAAACUAGUAGAAUUCAUCAACAAAAAAACAGGAAGACAUGCUGAAAUUAUUAAGAAGAUUGACAAAGAGAAAAAUGAAAAAACAUUAUGUGAUAAAAAUUCAUGUGAUAUUAAAAAAUGUUGCAAUAAUUGCCAACAUGAUUAUCUUCAAUUUGUUUAUGCUCCUCAAAUUUUUAGCGAUGAGAAUCCUAAUUCUUGCUCAAUUAUGUGA